GUUUCCCACGAGACCACACCGCACCACACCACCACAGGUUGCUGCUGCUGCUUUCUCCUCUGCGCCCUGUGCAUCCCCCCACUCGUUCGUACAAGCUAGAGAUAGAGAGAGAAAGAGAGCGAAGGAGAGAGAGUUUCUCUUGCAGCAGCAGAGCAGAAGAAGGCGGUGGAAGGAGGAGGAGGAGGAGGAAGAUGGAUACGGCGAAGACGUGUGCACUGUGCAAGGUGCCGGCGAGGACGUUCUGCGAGUCGGACCAGGCGGCCCUCUGCUGGGACUGCGACGCCAAGGUCCACGGCGCCAACUUCCUCGUCGCCCGCCACUCCCGCACCCUCCUCUGCCACGCCUGCCAGGCCCCCACCCCCUGGAAGGCCUCCGGCGCCCGGCUCGGCCACACCGUCUCCGUCUGCGACUCCUGCGUCACCGGCGCCCGCGGCGGCGGCGCGGGCGGCGGCGGCAAUGACGACGAUCUCCACGACGAGGACGAGGACGAGGACGACGACGCCGACGAGGAGGAGGACGAGGACGAGGACGAGGACGGCGGGGAGGGAGGAGGCGGCGGCGAGGAGGAGGGAGGCGGCGGGGAUCGCGACGAGGACGGCGACAACCAGGUGGUGCCGUGGUCGUCCACGACGCCUCCUCCGCCGGCGGCGAGCUCGUCCAGCAGCGAGGAGUCGAUCAGCAAUUUGCGGUGCGGGUAUGGAGACGCGGAGGAGUGUGGAGCGGGGAGAAUGUGCUCGUCGAAGCGGACGAUUGACGACCGGACGGAUCUUCGCUCUCAGGUUCGUGAUCGCGAACAUCCGCGAGGUUUCUUGUCUCUGCUUUCCUCGACCCCGAGAAGCUCGAGCGCUCGUCCUCUCGGCCGACUCACCGGAGGCCAAUGCUGGCGGCGAGGACGCGGUCCAGGGACGGCGAGGCCACCUCGGUUGACUCGUGGAGGCCGUCGAAAGACCGGCGGGUCGGGCGAGACGGGUCCGUACAAGGUCCAACCUGUCUAGAUUGAAGGGAUGGCGGGGGGCGAGGUAUAAGGCUGUGUGAUGUUCAUGAGCCCCUUCCAUCGCGAGUGUCGAUUAACAACAUCAUCGUCUAGCCUCGAUCGAUCCGAUCGAAUCCCGGCGUCGGCUGAUUAAUCGAUUCGGUAGCCUUAGCAGUAGCUAGCUUUCGGGGGUGUGGGGAAUCGGUUCGGAUUGGCUGUGGUGGAGAUUGUAAUGCUGAUUCAUUUGGGAGUAAAACCGAAUUCGAAAGAGUGAAAUAGUACCGUGUGUGCUUUCAUUUGAGAGCAUCGUCCCCUUCCAAUUCUGGUCAGCUCCAAUUCAAUGGUCCCUGUUUCCUCCAUCCAUUCAUUCACACCAUGUAACAUGGGGGAUCGUGGGGGAAUUCGGACACAUGGGUAUCUCCGAAAUCGACAAGAAGCUUCAUGUGCAGCUUCCAUGAUUGUCAAGUGCUUGCUUCGUUUUCAUGGGUCUGUCUCUUUUUGGCUCGUAACAGGACAUUUUACAGAACCCCCCAACACUCACAAAGGACAGAGGAGAUGGGCCGCUGGUGCUGGUGCUUGAGCUUGACGUUGGAGGCCAUUAGUAAUUUGUCUGCAUCUUCGUUCCAGUGACAUUGCCAAGACAU